UGUUACUAUGCCCAGGGAUAAUGGUCGUUCUACAGGAGUCAAAGUUGCUUUUACUCUAAUUUCACAGCUGUGCCUUUUGGGCAUGCGUGCUAGCAAUAAGGUCCGGGAAAAAAUUGAUUGUUGAUCCUGUUCCUACCAUUUCCAGGUCGCAGAUCUCCAAAUUGCAUGUUUUUUCAAAUGUUAGAGCAUGUCCAGAUGCUCCUUCCCUUGGAGUUGGAUUGUCAACAGGUUCGAACUAACUUGAAACCUACCCUGGCACACCAACACCCCUCGUCCACUCUCAGCACAAGAUGGCAGGGUCUUUCUACUUGUGUUGACUGAAGUCUCUCUCCUCUCCACAGUCCAGACUCCACAGUAUACAGCUUCCAAAAACUAUGGUGUCCCUUUAUGCUAUGGUUUAGGUGCCAUGGCAUCAUUUUAAUAAAUAAUAAUCAUGCCACUUUAACCUUUUCAAGGAAAUAUGAGUCCAAAUUAGUGUAACUAUAUUCGUAAUGAGGAUAUAUUACUUGAGUCACUCGACAUUGUGUGCUCAUUUUUCUUGAAAUUAGUUCUCUAAAGUAGAACUGCUUACUGAACAUACAAGUCCACUGUGUGGUGCACGAUGGCACACACAUCCUUUCAGAGGAAUGUGCAAGUGGGAGAAUGAGAGACUCACUGCCUGUAGCAAGUACCUUCCUAUCUGUAACAUAAUGAUUUUCCACCAAAAUGUUCUUGAUAUUGUUCUCCUUCCCACUCAUUAGGAUCUGAAAUUCCCUCCAAGCUUACCAAGUUAUGGGGUUUAAUAAUCAAUUCCAUCUCACUGCAUCCCACAAGUCCCACCAUACUGAUUACUAGAAGUAGAUCACUCGAGGUCAGGUGAACUCGUGCCAAGUAAAAGUAAAAUUGACAACCUCUUAGAAUUUGAAAGGAUCUCAUCAGGCACACGUCGGCAUACACUCUGAAAAGACCACCAUGGGAAGGUGAGAAGAGAAGGGAACUCCAUGCACCUAUAAAAUGACCCUAUCCAUCACAUCUUCUGCAGCCAAAGCAUAUUUCAUGGACGAACAUGCACCUGAGAUUCCAGUUAGUUAUAGCAGCUCCUCCACUUCACCAGCCAGCAGCGUCUGGGAGAGUCACGAGAUCAUACAGAAGCAUGCACCCUUCCCCUUAUGGAGCCCCCACACUGGCACACUCCUUGCCUCUGCGGCCACUGACCCGGCAACCUUCUGCGAGGACCCCUCUUCACCAGCCCGCACACACCUUCCAAGCAGGCAUCUAUGGAACCAGACUGACCUUAGCAUGGGAGCUCAUGGGAGCAGCAACGAGCUUGGCGGGAGCAGUGGCCACGGAAAGGACUUCCUUUCCUUGCUCGAAGCGAGGACGGUGAUGCCAGAAAUGCUCGAUGAUUUCUCCUCGGCGGCAUGCGACUACCUCAAAGGGAUGGACGGCAGCGACUACAACAGCAUCUCCGGAUCAGCUUCCUAUGGUUUUGACAGUGGCGGUCCGUACGCUGGCCCCAGUGCUCUGCCCGUCAGCUGUGAUGGGAUUGCGAGCUCUCCACCAGUGUACCUUGGGAACAGUACCUUUGUGCAAGAGAGCAUGAUGGGUUGCAUGCCAAGCCACAACCACGAGGUAAAAGAUGGUUCCCAGCAGCAGGAGCUUGGAGCUCCCAUGAAUGCAUUCCUGCAGAAAACGCUUCCUACUAGUGUUGCAAUUCAUGGAAGCCCUCUGGGUUAUUCUGGCUCUGGGAGUGAAAGGGUUUUUCAGGAGGGCCGAGUAAUGCAGGUUUCAUUUGGUGCUAGGAUUUCACCAGAUGCAAUCUAUGCUAGUGGUUACAGAUCAAAAACAGAAUUGUCAGAUACCAAUCAGCAUGAGCAACGUACUGUUUCGGCAAGGACUGGUACAGGUCAAAGUGGUGCUGCAGGUGAUCCUAAGAAGAGAAAAUCAGAGGAAAAGUUGGCAGGCAACGGAAAGAGGUCGAAGAAAGAUACUUCAAGUAGAUCACCUCCCAAGGCAGAAGUGCCUGAUAUGAAGUUGGGAGAGAGAGACAAGAUCAUAGCAUUGCAGCAGAUCAUCUCACCGUAUGGGAAGACAGAUAGAGCAUCAGUGUUGUAUGAAACCAUCAAGCACAUCGAAUAUCUACAUGAGCAGAUACAGCUAUUGAGUGAACCCUACAUGAAGAAUAGCACAAACGAGGUGCCCUUUCAAUGGGGAGGUAAAGAGGAGGAUUUGAGAGGCAGAGGGCUUUGCCUGGUCCCUGUUUCGUGCACCCCGCAAGUUCUCCAGGAUAAUAGCCUGCCGGACUGCUGGACGCCGGUGUACAAGAGCUCCCGGUACCAAUGAUCCCAGCGAUCGCAUGUUUCCAUUAUCACCUCUACUUGUCACGCUCAUGAAUUGGUUGGGGUGUUUACGACUUUACGGAUAGUCGGUUAUUUUGCUUGCGUUCUCCUUGUUUUUACUUUACUAUACUAGUUUUGUUUCCGCUGUAUUGUAUGGUGGCCGAUGUGUAGUAUAGAAUAACAAAGUUGGGGGUCUUAGAUCUUUGGCUUUGUGCGAAAACGGUGCCGAUUCAGGCUUAGCACUCGCUAUUAGGAGAACAGUAUAACUAUUUCCGUCUUUUGAAGGUUGAACCGCACUGCUUGUACUCGAUAUUUCCAUGGCAUUUUACCCUUUGAUUUGAUUU